CUGGAGGAUUGUGGAUGGGUCUUAUACAACUGUUCAAACAUCUCUGACGGCUUUUAAGUAAAUAUUCUGAUACAUCUGAACUCUGGAAUGGUAUAACGUACGAUCAUGUAUCAGAGGAAUUGGCCUGGGAAUUGGCUUGUCCUGUGGAAGUCAGUGUAAACCUCUGCUGGAUGACUGGAAGCAGUGACCAUUGCAUUGAUCUGCAAAAUUCCUUCCACAAAGUACAACAUAAAGUGAGGUAUUCACGUGUGGAUCCACAUCCAAGGCUUUGCGUAAAGUUUACCACAAAUGAAGGUGUUUGGGUCAGAUGUCCUUUUGCUUUUGGAUAUUUACCAGUUUGGAUCAUGAGUACUGAUGAGCAGUUCGGUAAACUGAAGUUUACAUUCAAGACUUUGAAUAAGGCGGAAUUCAAGAUGGCUUUGUGUAACAGAACUGCGCCCCAUGAGUGUGACCCACUGAAGGAACUGCAAGUUACUGCAAAUACAAUUGGUGUCUAUUCUCAAAUUUUUAACCUGUCGCAGGAAGACUGUGAGAGGGAUGUUUGCAUACAGGGAUGGCGGACAGAUAUUGAAUAUUCUGUUCGGAUUCAGUUCUGUGACAUCAUGUGUA